AAUCUUGCAGGCACCAUCAAAACCGCAGAUAUGGAGGUCGGACCAAAAGUCGCACUUUCAAACGAAGAAGAAGAAGAAAAUACCCAAAAGCGCUCUUUUGAAAACGCGUUUUUAAACCUCGACCAGAGUCUUGAAAUCAAUUCCGGCAAUGCUCAUCGCAAGAAAUUGGCCCUUCCCAAUAGGGACGGCGGAGCAAUGGCGGUGGGAUGGCCGCCGGUGAAGUCCUGGAAGAAAAAAUCCAAUCUCCGGCGGGACAACUCCGCCGUCGUCGUCAACUACGUCAACGUCGAGAACGGCGGCGCCGCGAGACGGCCGGAGAACAACAAUUCGACUUACGUGAAAGUGAAAAUGGAGGGCGUCGGAAUCGGCCGGAAAGUCAAUUUGAGCAUCCACAAUUCUUACCGGUCCCUGACGGCGCACCUCGUCGCCUUGUUCGGAGAAUUUGGGGAAGACGACGGAGACAAGUACCAGAUAAUGUAUGAAGACAAGAACGGCGAUUGUCUUCUCGCCGGAGAUCUUCCAUGGGAGAAUUUCGUCGGUUCGGUGCAGAAGAUGAAGCUGCAAAGGAUUAGAGACUGAUUCUGGACAAUGCACAAUUGCAUAUUACAUAUAUAUAUAUAUAUAUAUAGUCGAUGUUCUAAUUAAGCUUGUGUAUAAAUCCCUAAGUGAUAAAUUUGCUUAAUCUACAAGGAUUCUGUCAUCGAGAUUUCCCUUGGAGGGUUUGGCCAAUUUUGUUAGAACAUCAUGGGACAUUGUUGGAUUCUA